AUGAAGAACCAUACAAGACAGAUAGAGUUUAUUCUUCUUGGACUGACAGAUAACCCUCAGUUACAGAUUGUGAUUUUUGUUUCUCUUUUACUAAAUUACUUGCUGAGUAUGUUAGGGAACUUAUCUAUCAUUGCCCUCACUCUGCUAGAUCCCCUUCUCAAGACACCAAUGUAUUUUUUCCUCCGUAAUUUUUCUUUUUUGGAAAUUUUAUUUACAACAACCUGUAUUCCUAGAUUUUUAAUCACCAUUGUAACCCAGGAAAAGACAAUUUCCUAUAAUGGCUGUAUUUGUCAAUUAUUCUUUUAUAUAUUCUUGGGGGGCACAGAGUUUUUCCUCUUGGCUACCAUGUCCUAUGACCGCUAUAUUGCCAUCUGCAAACCCUUGCACUAUGCAUCUAUAAUGAGCAGUAAAGUUUGUCAUCAGCUUGUCCUGGGUUCUUGGGUAACUGGAUUCCUGGUUAUUUUCCCACCACUGAUUAUUGGCCUUGAUUUGGAUUUCUGUGCUGCAAAUGUCAUUGACCAUUUCCUUUGUGAUGUUUCUCCUUUGCUACAACUGUCUUGCUCAGACACAAAUUUGCUAGAAGUGAUGGCUUUCAUCUUAGCUCUCAUGACACUCAUUGUUACAUUAGUAAUAGUCAUCCUUUCUUAUGCUCACAUUGUCAAGACAAUUAUGAAAUUCCCUUCAGCACAGCAAAAGAAAAAGGCCUUUUCCACUUGUUCUUCUCACAUGAUCGUUGUUUCCCUCACUUAUGGGAGUUGCAUAUUUAUCUACAUAAAGCCUUCAGCAAAUGAAAGAGUUACUUUGAGCAAAGGAAUAGCUGUGCUCAACACUUCAAUUGCCCCUUUGUUGAACCCAUUCAUUUAUACUCUGCGGAAUAAGCAAGUUAAACAAGCCUUUGGAGCAGUACUUAGAAAAAUAUUAUAUUUUGAGAAAUACAUAGAAUAA